AUGACUAAAGCAACAGAGACAGGUCUCACGCUAUUCUUCUUAUCAGCAAUCUAUUUUGCUUUAUACACUGGUGUGAUUCCAUCACCUGCCAAAUUCCAUGAUGAAAUUUUACCAUUUUUGCCAUGGUGGGGAUUAGUUGCAUUUGGUGCAUAUGCUUUGUCGACUUUAGGUUGGGGAAUUGUCACUUUUAAAGACAAGAAGGAUAAAUACGAAGAGUUGAAAAUACAAAUCGAAGAGGCUAAAGCUUUCUACAAGUCCAAAGGGAUUAAUAUUGAUUGA